GGGCGUAAGUAUAGUUGUACGUAACGUGAAGGUCUAGGGAGAAUUUUAAUUUAAAGAAUGAUUUACAGGAAAUUUAAUUUACAAACUUUUGCUUCGAAUCAACUUCAAUAUAUUUUCUCCGUAAUAAAUAAAAAAGCACGUGCAGUAAGAACAAAAUCUUGUUUGGAUCGACUUGGUGAUCAAGAUGAAGCAAUGUGUAACGGGGAAUACACAACUUCUGACGAAGAUUCUCACAACCAUUCAGUGAUGAAAAGUAAUAAAAUGAGCAAGUAUGCCAUAAUGUUCUCAUAUUUAGGAAGAGGUUACUACGGGAUACAGAGAAGCCCGGCAGUACCAACCAUUGAAGAAGAACUAUUAAAAGCAAUGUAUAAAGCUGGUGUAAUUUCAAAACAGCAUUAUUUGAAUCCCUACGACUUGUGGUAUCAGAAAGCAUCUCGUACAGACAAAGGCGUUUCUGCACUAAGACAAAUAGUAUCUUUAUUUUUAGAAAAAGAUAUCGAUACAAAAUCCGUAAUUGAAAAAAUCAACACCGAAAUUUGUGCACAAAUAAAAGUGAUGGGAAUAAAAAAGGCUAUCAAGACAUUCGAUGCAAAGAACAAUUGUUACGCAAGAAGUUAUUCGUAUACGAUGCCGACGUUAGCUUUUUGUCCCGUCGAAGAACUCUGUACAGAAAAUUAUAGAUUAUCUGGAAAAAUAUUAAAAAAAGUAAAUAAAAUACUGAAAAAAUUUGAAGGAGUUCACAAUUAUCAGAAUUUUACUUCUAGCAGAGAAGCCAGAGAGAAAGGCUGUGUGCGGAAUAUUAUGUCUUGCGAGUGCGGUCAGCCUUUCUUGUAUAAAGGCGUAGAGUUCGUCGUCAUCAGGAUCAAAGGACAAAGUUUCAUGCUACACCAGAUUCGUAAUAUGAUAGGAUUGGCAAUUGCCAUCGUUCGAGGGUUAGCAGAUUUAAAAACGCUGAAGAGAAACCUUACGGCAGAAAAGAUUAAAUAUCCAAUGGCUCCGGGCUUGGGAUUAGUUUUGGAAGAAGUUCAUUACGAUAGUUAUAACUGGAAAUAUGGUGGAAAAGGAAUUGUGGAGCAACUCUCUUGGGAAGAAUGUCAGAACGAAGUGCAUCGAUUUAAAACAAAUUUGAUCCAACCCGACAUACUUGAAACAGAAAUAAGUGAAAAAUCCAUGAUGAAGUGGCUCGAAGACUGCUUCUACUAUUCUUACGAAGCCGCAGACAAGAAGCCGUCCGACGGAAAACUGUACGCUGCGGUCGCCCACUUAAAGAGACUACGAAAGAUCGAAGAGACCGACAAGAGAUUACUAGACGCUGUUCCAAAUAGAUAACUUUGUUUUUAAUAUAAAUUAAUAAAAUUAUGGAAAGUUUGUACGUGUGUGUGUGAAUUUUUUU